AUGGCCAACCGAAGAGGGAAAUGUAAGGUCAUCACACUAAGAAGUGGAAGAGUUGUAGAGGAAGCAACCCCAGGCCAAAGCAACCAAGAAGAAGAAGCUGCAAGGGAACCUGAAACCAAGAAGGAACAAGAGACCCCUACACCAUCCUCACCAAAGCAUGUCCUAAAGCCUUAUGUGCCCAAGGCACCCUAUCCACAAAGACUGAAGAAUGAUGGAAAAGACAGCCAGUUCUCUAGAUUCCUAGAAAUCUUCAAGAAGCUCCAUAUCAACAUACCUUUUGCUGAGGCACUAGAGCAAAUGUCACUCUAUGCCAAACUUUUAAAGGAGUUUAUGACAAGGAAGAGGAAUUGGGGAGAGAAAGAGACUAUAGUGCUCACUGAGGAGUCUAGUGCCAUAAUACAAAAGAAGCUUCCACAGAAACUAAAAGAUCUUGGGAGCUUCCAAAUCCCUUGUAUCAUUGGGGAUAUGAACAUUGAGAAGGCACUAUGUGAUCUAGGAGCCAGCAUCAAUCUCAUGUCUUUGGCAAUGAUGAAAAGGAUGAAAAUUGAGGAGGCCAAACCAACUAGAAUGGCACUCCAAUUGGCUGACAGAACAUUCAAAUUCCCCCAUGGUGUAGUAGAGGAUUUGCUGGUGAAAGUAGGGAAGUUCAUCUUUCCAGCCGAUUUUGUUGUGCUUGAUAUGGAAGAAUAG